AUGACGCGGGGCAAGGGAAGCAAUCCAGGGGUGGGUAACUUGGGCAAACACAUCAAGCGGACGACACAUAAGGAACGCUCACAACCGGCCUCACGUAAGCACCUAGGGCAACUUGAGAAGCACAAGGACCAUGCUGUGCGUUCAAGGCGACGGAAAGCGAAGAUGCAAAGGCUCCUACAGUUGAAACGGGCCGCGGCUCAGCGUAAUCCGGAUGAGUUUCACAUUGGCAUGACGAAAGCUGUUUUAGAUAUCGCUUCGGGGAAAAUGAAACAACGGACGGUGUUAGAGAAGGGGAAUCGGCAAAAAACGCAAAAAGUACUACAGCAGAAUACACGCAAUAUUCAGUACCUCCAGUACAAGGCACAAUCAGAUCUGCACCGCGCCAAGGAACUCCUCAAAGAGGAUGCAUCAAUAGCCAUUACCUCCGCACCACCGCAGAACAAGCACAUUGUGUUUGUGGAGAGUGAUGAGGAAUUUCGUCGCUUUAACCCUGUCAAGUACUUUGACGCCACCCCAGAGAUGCUAAAGCAGCACCCUGCUGUUCGCGGCACAAUUUCGAUCCUGCAGAACACCGUUUUGCCGGAAGAGGUGCUGUUAACGGGUCCACGAAUGCUUUCCUCAUCCCAGCGUCGCCGGGAGCGUCGGGAAAUGCAGGAGAAACUUCGAAAAAGUGGCGCCAAAACCACAGAAGAGCGUGAGGCUGUGGUGGAACGACUUCGUGCCAAGAAGGAGUUGAAGAAAUACCGCUUUUCUUCUCUUGUAGAGGAGGCGGCAGCGUCCUCCGCCGCUGCAGAUGGCCGUAAUGACGGCAAUAGCCACAGUGCUGCUGCCUGCGAUAGUGAACCACGAGAUGACGUGGAGCACGUCUUGCAGCUAAGGCGUGCGAAGGAGGAACAGGAGGCAGCAUUAGCGGCUAGGAAUAGGAAGGAGAUUCAGCAGCGCGUGGAACGUGGCAAGAGCCUUAGCGCCUUGGCCAAAACGAUUAAGCGACAGAAUGAGAGUCUUCGCAAAAACCUGCAACAGAAGCGUGAGUCCCAAUUUAAGCCGACAGCCGCACGUCGCUCGCGGUGA